AUGGGGGCGCGGUGGAUCUCGAUUCUCCCCGAGGGUCUUAUUGAAAGAAAACAAUUUCAGAGGUUUUUCGCAAAAAAUACCAGGGCACGCACCUUUGGCAUCGACAGUUGGCCCCAUGGGAUGCUAGCGUGCCUCCUCAGCUUCGCGGACAUUAAUGCUAAUUUCGUGACAAAAAACUACCAGGUCGGGUUGAAGACAGAUUUAACCGCCACGCGCGUCGGUCGGACCCGGUCGUACAAGUUGGUGGCGCGCGCGGCCCGCCGGCUGUGGCAGUGGGCGGACGAGUGGGCGCAGGCGAACCAGUACUACGAGGUGCCGUGCUUCGGCGGCGGCGGCGGCGGCGACGGGGCCGAGAACCCGCUCUUCCGCAAGGCGGCGGCCUACGUGGCGUCGCUGCCGUCGCUCGAGGACGCAGACGUUGCCUGCGUGCUCUCCUCCGCCCGCAAGAGCAACGACUUCUCUCUCCAGCUCGGCCCGGGCCACACCGCGCAUGACGCCUUCCUCGGCGCGUGCCUCGCGUGCACCAACGGCGGGGAGCGCCUGGUCCUCCGCGUGCGCCGCCAUGACCGCUCGCGCAUGCUGCGCCCCUACCUGCAGCACGUCGUGUCCGUCGCCGACGUGAUGGAGCUGUGCCGCCGCGAGCUGCGGCUCUACGCCAACACCGGCGCCCUCGCGCCGCGCUGGGCGUCGGCCCUCUUCACCCACCUGGCCACGCUUGACGCGGUCGCCAUGGACCCAGAGCUCAAGACCCGCGUCCGCUCUGACCUGGAGAGCUUCCUCAAGGGACGCGCCUACUACCACUGCUUGGGCCGCGUCUGGCGCCGGAGCUACCUGCUCUACGGCCCGCGCGGCACAGGCAAGUCCACGUUCGCCGCUGCGAUGGCGAGGUUCCUCAGGUACGACAUCUACGACAUCGACCUCUCCCGCGCCGGCGCCGACGAACUCCGCGCGCUGCUCGUGGACACCGCCCCGCGGUCGCUAACGGGCGGCAGGCGAGCGCCGUCAGCCCUUAGCGCGGCCGCCGUCCUGACCGGUGGGCCAGCUCUGUCAGAAUCGCGUUUAAACCGGUUAGAUCUGUCUUCAAAUAGUAUUUUGUCACGAAAUUAG